AUGCAUACGACGCCUCUCAUGGAUGCUAUUCUCUGUGACUCCAUGGAUGAAAUCACAGCACUUUUGAACCGCUCCGGGUCAAUAGAAGGAAGAAGUUACCUUGGGCAAACGCCGGUCCAUGUGGCUGUCCUUCGCCCCAAUGUGCUUGCAAGAAUAGCUCAUGUCUGUCAAGAUUUAGACAAGCCAGAUUAUUACGGGAGGACCCCACUGGAAUAUGCUGCAGCAUAUGGACGCACCAAGUCGGUAAUGAUUCUCCUUAAUGCAGGAGCAGCUGCACUGAAUGGCCAGCAUAUCUCAUUUUUGCAGUACGCUGGUGAUUGGUGUCAAUGGCACCUCUUAUCGGAGACAUUUGCUUUCCUUCGUACGAAGCGGUAUUUUUCGGAUGCGUUUUUGCAAAGUGAGCUUCGUCAUCUUGCUCUUAGCAGAUGGAGCAAAAACUUCGGUAAACUUCUCGGUUUGGGGCUUGAGACUCAUACUUUAUUCGAAGACGGAGGCACGUUGCUGCAUCACGCGAAGAAAGAAGCAGAUGCCAUAGCACUCUUUGCAGCAGGAUUUGUAUACAUUGACCUUACCAACCAUUCGGGUCAUACGGCUCUGAUGACAUCACUUAUCAACAAUGCCAUUGAAGUCUCUCACAUCAUUUUGGAGCAAGGCUGCAACAUCGAUCACCAGGAUGAGUCGGGACUCUCAGCUUUAUCUUGGGCAUGCCACAUACUGGGAUUAUCCAAUUUACCUUCAUCUCAGUCUGAAUUAUUCUCCCUUAUAGGAAAGUUGCUCCAUCGUGGUGCGAAUCCUUUUGGCUUUGACAAAUGCCGCUGCGCAUGUUCCUUCAAUGGCUGCUCGCCAUCGACUCUGUUGUUGAACCAGAAAUCUUCAAUUUUUAUCGAUUUCUACUACGAUAUUGAAGGUUCUGUCGGCUAUGUAUGGGUCCUUGAAUGGCUAUUGAUGUUAGCAGAGUUCCAAGGGCAGUCCAUCGCACGUACAGCGCUGCUAGACUUGAUUCGAUUUAGAGAGUUUCAAAAAGCCAAGAUCACGCAUGUCUGCCUUUCCCAUCGGCGUAACCAUACAGAGUCCACACCAAUGAACACAGAAGAUGUUGAUGAGAUACUGAAAGAAGAAAGAAAAUACAUUCACGAACUGGAUGAAACGAUGGGGAAAUGGGACGAAAAACUUGUCGAUCAUUCAUUUGAAGAAGUUUGGCUCAGUAUAAUUACCGACUUCUACAAACUUCCCCAUGAGAAAAGCAUUUGCAAGUGUUGGAACUUUAACGAGUCAGGAGACCCUGUACUUUCAGGCCAUUCGCCACCCUUGGGUCCUGCUGCUGCCUACCAAGUGAAUUCGAAUAUUCCUCGUCUUUGCGUCGAUGAGACCACCGAUAGAUACUACAAGGUAUAUCCAGACCUAUACUUUGAAUCCACAGCAGCAAGUCAAAUGUACUCUACCUGGGUAGAAUACUUCUACAAAGGUCGAAUAUUAUAUGACUACCCCGUUCAAAUCACUCAAGGAUGGUACGAAAAGAGAAAGUACUGGGCAGCCCGACAAGCCGAGGUUCUUGAUGGGAUUUCCAGGUUUUCUGAAGUGGAAUGA